AUGCGCGAUCGCACUAUUAGCCGCCGUGACCAGGAGAAGAAGAAGCAGAAGAAGCAGACGCUGGUCAAGACAGGAAUGAAGAGAAGCAGGAGAGACAGAGAUCGCAUCGACCUGGAGCCCACUCGCGGUCCCUUAAUCCCCCUGGCAUACGAGGUUUUGAAUACCGUGGCGGGCGGGAAGAAGAGAAGCGAUACAAGGGACGAGGGGGCCGUCAAAAGCAAUAAAAACCUGGUAUCAGGGGGCUCGCUCGGCCUGAGAUUCUCUGACAGACCGACAGACAGGCAAGACAGCGCAGACAGACGCCUGGUCGGACAGACGGAGAGCUGCUGUCUGCUGUCGGCUGCGCUGGUUGCUGUGGAUGUAUGCCGAGUCGACGCUGGCAAAGGGACGAGAAAGGCGCACACAGCGAAAGGAAGAGAGAAAGAAGACGAGAGCGAGAGAGGCUGUCGAAAGAAUGCGAGAAUCCGCGGCGGCUAG